GAGUAAUUCUGGUACAUUUUUGACGAAGAGGAAGAAGGAGCAUAACAAACAGAAACUGGAGGCAAAAGGAUAAAAAAUAAGUGAAAUAGAAAAUCAACGCACUCAAGGAAACAUUUGAACUUAUUCUAUCCUUCUUAAUGGCUUUCCACUUCUGCCCUCAGUGUGGAACAAAGCUGCAGCCAGAUUUUAAAUUUUGUCCUGCAUGUGGAGAGAAGCUGACCUGUCCUGAGGCUCUUGGUGCAAUAGCCUCCACUCUGUCUCCUUCCAAAACCCCAGUGCAUAAAGGCCCAACUUUAAGUCCAGUCUGUGAACCCAAAGCUGUUACAGCUUCUCGUACCACAAGUAUAGUAUCAUCUCGUCCACCACUUCACAAGACUCGUAACUCACUUCGUCUGGACAAUCUCAGUAUCAAAGAUACUUCCUCACCAGUGACAUUUCCUGUAAAUGCUCCCUUUAAUAAUGCAAAUGAAGCUGACAGUCGAGGGGAGGCUUUAGAGUCUUCUUGUUUAGCAAAAUCACCCAGAAAUGUUAGGGGAAAAGCUAAACGAAAGGCUGAGGAGAUUUCUGAAGAUGCAGCAGUUUUAACAGUACCACUGCAUUCACCGAUAAAGUCGCCAAAUUCAAAGUCUCCUUUAAAAGGGAAAGGGAAAUCUAAAAAGACAAAAGCUAUUCCUGCUUUGGAGCCUCUUCUGGAAGGGACAGAUGUGACAGACACCAAUGGAAAAAAGUGGAAGUUGGUCAGAUUGCUCAGUCAUGCAACAACAGAGCUCAUUUAUGAAGUUUCACCACCAAAUGCAAAAGAAUCAAACUACAUUGUCAAACUGGGGGCAAAGGAUGGCAAAAUCUUUAAUGAACAGAAUUUUUUGCAAAGAGCGGCUAAACCUGCAUCGAUAGAAAGAUGGGUCAAACAGCACAAGAUGGAUUUUAUUGGACUUCCUCAAUGCAUUGGCUUUGGACUACAUGCAAACUCUUACAGGUUUUUGGUCUUUCCAAACAUGGGCCACUCUCUCCAAUCUUUAAUGAAUAAUCAAAACACACUUUUGUCAGAGGUUACAGUUCUUCAACUAGCUUGCCGCUUACUUGACAUCUUGGUGUAUAUCCAUUCAAAUGAGUACAUCCAUGCUGAUAUUAAUGCAGAAAAUGUCUACAUCAAUCAAGGACAAGGGUCACAAGUGUAUCUUGUAGGAUACAACCAUGCCUUCAGGUAUUGUCCUGGUGGUCAUCAUGUGGAGUACAGAGAAGGAAGCAGAACACCAAAUGAGGGUGCUGUAGAGUCUAUCAGUUUAGACUGUCACAGUGGUGCAGCUCCAUCUCGUCGCAGUGAUCUACAGUCUCUGGGUUACUGUAUGCUGUAUUGGCACACAGGAACUUUACCGUGGACUACAUUGAGUCAACCCGAACAUAUUGCUGCAGAGAAAAGAAGGUAUAUCAAAGAUGUACCUAGCCUUCUGCACCACUGCUUUAAAAAGAAGAAAGUGUCUGGUGCUUUUCAGUCUUUCUUGUCUGCUGUGAUGGCCCUGGAGUACAAUGAGCAGCCAGACUACAACGCACUGAAGUCUGGACUCAGUGCAGCCUUAAACCAGCUGGGUGGGUCUGUGGAGGAGACUCUCUGCGUUUAGAGUGGUGGGAGUGAGACAAACACACUAUCAACACGAAUGUUUUAAAGUUUAAAGUUAAAUUGAAUCUGAUCCACAUCUGUUAUGAACAAUACACACUGUUUUAAUAGUCACAGUUUGCUGCACAGUUAUUUUUUGUUGAGUUUAUUUCUCUGCUUUUGACACAUUUGUAACAAUUAUUGUUUUAGGAGUAUUUGUAUAUUUGUAGCUAUAUGUUAAGAUUACAGUAGUCAUGUUUUCAAUUCAAAUUUUAACAUGGUGCCGACUAGCUGAUGUUCUGGGCAAGUGCGAGCUCUACAACUUUUGCAUUAAUGGUUUUAACUUGUGCCUUUUUAUCUUUAGUUAGUAGAUGUUUUAAGAAAUGUGUUGUAAAAAUAAAAAUCUUAAAAUUGUU